ACUGCAGCCAUUUUGAUUUGCAGCCGCACCGACGGAGAGAAAUUGAAUUCAUAAGGUGUGUUUGUGAGCCGAGUGAUGUGGGACCAGGGAGGACAGCAGUGGCCGCAGUGGCCUCUGAGCCAGCAGCAGUGGAUGCAGUCUUUCCAACAUCAGCAUGAUCCUGGUCAAGUGGACUGGGCAGCUCUUGCUCAGGCUUGGAUAGCUCAGAAGGAGUCAACAGGAGCUCAACAACCCACCGUUCAGCCCAAUGGCAAGGACAUCCCAAGCAAGGACGUCCCAGGCCAGGACGUCCCAGGCCAGGACUCCGCUGCACCAGUUAACCACAGUGCUUUCCCGGGUGACCCAGCGUUUGGAAGAAUGUGGCAGCCAGAGUGGGGGAUGCAUGGUCAGCCCCCUCCCCCUCCCCCUCCUCCACCCCCUGAACCAGCCUGGAUCCCGCCAAGUUCAGCACCAAUGGAUGUGGUGACUCCCAGUGAGGACAGCAACAGCCAGGACAGCGUGGAGUUCAACUCUGAAGCCCACCGUGGGGUUUACCCCCAGAACAGCCAUGGGUAUGGGGCACAGCCCGACAGCUACGCCAUGGCCCCCAUGGCCAUGAACCAGUUUGAUUACCAGCAUGGAGCUACUUCAACCUUUACCCCCCCUGCCCCUACCACGGGGUUUCACCCUCCAUACUGGCAGGGCCAACAGAACAGACGAGAUACCAGACCACCAGGAUUUAGAGACCGGCCCAGAUCCCCCCCUGUUCCCCCCCAGCUCCCUGUCAAACUGGAGGUCCCAGCAACUCUUGAUGCUGUAAAACGACGCACCCUUCCGGCUUGGAUCCGCGAGGGACUUGAAAAGAUGGACAGGGAGAAGCAGAAAAAGAUCGAGCGAGAGCGAAUGGAAAAGGAACGUGCAGAAAUGGCUGAAGAUGAUGAGCAAGAUCACAAGGCUGAUGAGGAAGGGGAUGGGCCUCGUUUGCCCCGCAAGAGUAAAUUUGACAGCGACGACGAAGGGAACGACAAUGACGAAAAUGAAAAGAUCUCCAUUAAAAGAGAAUUUCCUGUUCGGAGUCCGUCGCCUCCUGCAGAAGAUAGUGAACCAGAAAUGAGUGAGGAGCUAAAGGAGGAGCUCCUGAUGGGCAUCACUAAAACCCUUCUGACGGAGAUCCUUCUUUCAGUCACUAAUGAAGAGAUCCUGCACGUGGCCCGGGAGACUCACAGAAAAGCCACUCGAGCUCCUGCAAAACAGCUGGCACAGUCAAGUGCACUGGCUUCUCUGACUGGUCUCAGUGGGAUUGGUGAUUAUGGUUCAGACGAAAGCGAUGAGGAGGAUGCACACAGUGCUCGGGGAUCUGAAUCUUCUGACACGGAUGAUGAAGAGCUGCGCCAUCGCAUCCGGGAAAAGCAGGAUGCCUUCCGCCGCAAAGAACGAGAGAUGCAACUGUUGCAAGAAAAACAAGCGCAUGAGGCUCUGCUCGCACGUGAGGAGAUGGCCAAGGAGAGACUGAGCAGGGAAAAGGGAGAAUAUGAUCAUCAGUUAGAUAAUGCACUCAAACAGGAAGUGAAAGAAAGAGAGCCAGAGCCCUUGGUAGACAGGCGAACGUCCCGCAGUGAUGAGGGCAAGCUCUCAGGCAGAGUAAAGGAGGAAACGGAGCGAGGUGGCAGCCGUUCUCCAACCAAUGGUCGCAGCAGCACCUCCCACUCCACCUCCAGCCACAGCAGCUCCCGCUCUUCCUCUUCAUCAUCCUCUUCCUCAGCAUCCUCCCGUAGCUCUUCUCGUUCCUCCUCUCCUCAAAGGAAGAGGCGGCGCUCUUCCUCCCGCAAGGCCCGUCGGCGCAGCCGAAGUCGCAGCUCCCACAGGCACCGUAGUGAGAAGGUCAGGGACAGGAGGAGGAGCAGUGCAGAACGAUCGGGCCGCCACAAGAAAGACCGCAGCGUUUCCAGGGAGCGCAGGAGUCACAGGAGUAGAUCCCGAUCCAGAGACAGAGAUAGAGGCAGGGCGAGGGCCAGAGACAGCCGCAGUCGCAGCAGAGACAGGAGGGAUAAGGAGAGGAAAAGGAGCCGGGAGCGCAGGGACAGCAGUCACAGUCGAAGCAGCAAACACAAACAAAAGGCCUCUAGCAGAGACAGAGACAGGAGGAGAGAAAGGAGUCGAAGCCAUGACAAAGAGAAAGAUUCCAAGAAAAAGAAGGAUAAUGAUAAAGAAAAGGAGACCGACAAAAAGAAGGAAAAGGUUAAAGCUAAGGAGAAGGGAAGCUCUGUAACAGAAGAGGAUGGCAAAUCAAAGAAAAGGAAAGAGAGCGACUCGUACACAGACUCCCAGAGUGACAAACGCUCUCGACAGGAGAGCAAAGCGACCAAGAAGGGCUUCAGCAAAUCUAGCAGGAGACACUCAGACUCUGAUUCCAGUAGAUCCCCCACCCCUGAAGUUAGCAAGGAAAAGAAAUCAAAGAAAUCUAAACGUAGUCGUUCAAGGUCGGUGGAAAAAUCUCACAAGUCUGGUAAGAAGGCAAGCCGCAAACACAAGUCUAAGUCGAGAUCAAGGUCGUCCUCCCCGUGCCAUCGCAGCCGACACUGAGGAGCACAGUUGACAUCCAGACCAGUGCAGUUAACCAUUUAAAUUCCACGAGUUGAGCAGGCUUGUCUCAUUAUAGAGGCAAUUGUGUAGGUGAACACCCUCUCAUACAUUUCUUUUUUUUUUUUUUUUUUUUGUAAAUAUGUUGUAAUUUUUAAAGUGUUACUGAAGAA